UUGAGUGAGGAAUCAAAGAUAAUAAUAAUAAUAAUAAUUGUCAUUUUGGACUCAGCAGAUCUUCUCAUACAUUGAACCUAUUGAACCCUCUACUUAUAAAUAUCCAAAAACACACAUCAGCAUCUAAAUACCCAAAUUCUUUUUCUCCUAUGGGGGCUGUGUGCUUGAUAGGAGAUGUUCUUCUUCCUAGAUUAUCUCAAGGCUGCAUGGGUGUUAGCUAAGUGGAAUUUUUUCUGCUGCAGAUAAGUAGCUUUGGCUUCUCUAUUACUCAACAUUGAAGAUUUUCCAUUUUAAAUUUCUUUCUUUUUGGUUUUAGUUUUGAAUGUUUUGGUUUUUCUUUUUCCCUUUAACUCUUGGUGAAAUUGGAAAUUUUGGAACUGGGUAUGCUAGUGAAGUUUUUCUUUUGAGAUUUGAGCCUGAAUUGAAUAUGCAUGCUUGAGGAUCUAUAUAGAAGGAGGAUUUGAUGAGAUGCUUCAAAAGGCAAAAAUGAGAAAUGGGUUUGGCUUAAGAGCAUAAAGCAUUGUUAACUGACUUCUACAGAGACAAAAAGGAACAAAAAAAAUGAAGGUUCACUAAUUAAUUAAGGUUUUCAGGAAAAUGCAUUCAUGGGUCUGACCUAAUUAGUUCUGAAACAAGUAAAAUGGAAAGGAAUUUUUCACAAGGAGGUUUGAUUCCAGGUGGGGCUUCUUUUGGAGGCCUUGCCUUGCGAGGAUCAAUUAGACUUGGUCAUCAAGCACAGUAUCAGCAUGCUGUACACCAGCAACAACAUCUUUCUCGUCGCCAAGGCUCCUCGAUCCAUCCCUCAGUUCAUGAAGAGGUUCCCCUUACAAUAGGAACUGUAAACAACUCUGAUAAGACCAUUUCACUGAUUAAUUACAACAAGGGAGAUAAGGGGAAAAAUUCUCCUAGUGAUGAGGAUGAGGCCAAUUAUGCAGAAGAUGGUGAUGAUGACCAUAACGAAGCAAGUAGAGGGAAUAAAGGGUUGCCAUGGCAACGUAUUAAGUGGAGCGAUAAGACGGUGAGGCUUUUGAUAACUGCUGUGUCUUACAUAGGUGAGGAUAUAUCUUCGGAGUGUGAUGGUGUGUUGAGAAGAAAAUUAGCAGUUUUACAGAAAAAAGGCAAGUGGAAAUUAGUAUCCAACGUCAUGGCUGAAAGGGGUUUCCAUGUUUCGCCUCAGCAGUGUGAGGAUAAAUUCAAUGACCUUAACAAAAGGUAUAAAAAGCUUAAUGAGAUGCUUGGAAGGGGCACUUCUUGCCAAGUUGUAGAGAAUCCAGAGCUUUUGGAUGUUAUACACUAUCUAACAGAGAAAGAGAAAGAUGAGGUUAGGAAAAUCUUAAGCUCAAAGCAUCUCUUCUAUGAAGAGAUGUGUUCAUACCAUAAUGGUAAUAGAUUGCAUCUGCCUCAUGAUCCACCAUUGCAACAUUCCUUAAAGUUGGCUCUUAGAAGUAAAGAUGAUCAUGAUAAUCAUGAUAUGAAAAGGAACCAACAUGAUGAUCUGGAUGAAAAUAAUCAAGAAGUGGAAACUGAUGAUCAUGAUGAAUUUGAAGAGAACCAUGCUUCACAUGGGGAGAGCAGGGGAAUAUAUGGAGUCUCUAGGGGCUCUAUGAAAAGGUUGAGACAAGGCCAAGCCCAUGACGAUGCUUGUUUCAGGAAUUCAUCUCAGGAUGGUAAUAAAGGUUCUUAUUCUCACCUGCAGAUUGGUCAGGUUGAUAUGAAUCAAAUGUCAUCUGAAAGUACAAGAGCAGCAUGGCUACAGAAGCAAUGGAUAGAAUCUCGCACACUUCAGUUAGAAGAGCAAAAGUUACAAAUUCAACUUGAGAUGUUAGAACUGGAAAAACAGAGAAUGAAGUGGAAAACAUUUAGCAGGAAAAGAGAUCAUGAACUAGAAAAGAUGAGGAUGGAAAAUGAGAGGAUGAAGCUUGAGAAUAAGCGAAUGGCAAUGGAGUUGAAGGGCAAAGAAAUUGGUGCUGAUUUUAAUUAAUUGUUUGGUCCUAUCAUAUUUUUUUCAUCACUUGUGACACUGCUUUCAAUUUUGGUAACAUGCUGUUGAAUGUCUGCAGUAUCUUUUAGCAGAGAGAAUCUUGUUGGAAAUAUUCCUUUGCCUGUUUAUAUUGUGCAAACUUAAGGUAGUGAAAUACCAUUGUUGUUUGACUUCAGUGAAAUGGUACUCUGAAGAUAUUGUGGCAAGAAUAUUUUUCUUGCAAUCUUUUUUUUCCCCUUUUA